GGGAAAGGAAAUGCUGACGUCGCCCAGCAGAUUGGAGGCCAGUGAGGGAGUAACUGUAUUCCUGCAUUCUCCCAGCCUCCUCUGUCUGAAGAGGAAAACGUUAUCCAGUGGCUUCCAUUUCACAGCCUUACAGAUCUGAUCGAUUCUACUAUGGAUCAGUCUAUAGCAAUCCAGGACACACUGGACAAAGGCGAUAUCUGCACAGUAGCGGUACAAGGAGUCUUACAUAACCCUCACAGCAAUGAAAGCAGACUUGUGGGACUGGUGGAGAGCCAGGAGACUGCAGCAUUGUUUAUAUACAAGCACAGAAGAAUGGCUAUUAGUGCAGAGGAUGUAUCGUUGGAUAAAAUCAUCCCAUUGGCCGAAGGAAUUUCCAUUGAAGAAGUGACACUGUAUGAAAGAUUCCAAGUCAUUGGCUCUGACAUCACGGUGAGGAUAAAGGCUCCAGAUACCCAGCUUGACAUUCAGCUUCCAUUUGGAUCCCGCACACAAGAAUUUCUACAUAAGAUCAAUAAGUCAUGUCAGGGAAGACUUCCUGCACUCCCAUCCCCACAGUUCAUGUGGCUGCGCAAGUAUUGGCAGAGAAGCCUUCCAAACCUUAACAGCUUCUUCUUGAACAGUAUGACACUCUCAGAAGAUCCAGAACAAAACAAUGCUUCCAUAGAUGUAAAUACAUAUGAGAAAGAUGACAGACCUGAACACCUCCAGCAGAAUGGACAGUGGCUGAGGACUGCAGAGAAACAUGACCCUUCACGAUCUCCGCACUCUCUACGCAGGCUCCAUAAAACUAAAUCUGAUAUUACCCACAUGGUCCGAACAGCAGAUGUGAUCUCUGCUAACAAAGUGGAAAUGCUUCCCUUCCCCAGAUUUGGUCUGCGGGAUAACUUAAUAAAGUCUGAACUCUUGAAGAAAGAACCAACCUAUACAUCCAUUCAAGACUUUAGGUUUUUCAUUGGAACUUACAAUGUCAACGGACAGUCCCCAAAAGAGAGCUUACAACUGUGGCUUAAUGUGGAUCCUGAGCCACCUGAUGUAUAUUGUAUUGGAUUUCAAGAGCUUGACUUAAGCAAGGAAGCAUUUUUCUUCAAUGACACACCUAAGGAAGAAGAAUGGUUUAAAGCAGUCUCCGAAGGGUUACACCCAGGAGCCAAAUAUGCAAAGAUUAAGUUGAUCCGACUUGUUGGGAUAAUGCUGCUGCUGUAUGUUAAGAAGGAUCUGGCAAGUUAUGUCUCAGAAGUGGAAGCAGAGACUGUGGGCACAGGACUCAUGGGAAGAAUGGGUAACAAAGGAGGUGUGGCCAUCCGUUUCCGAUUCCAUAACACUCAUAUUUGUGUUGUUAACUCUCAUCUGGCCGCUCAUGUUGAAGAAUAUGAGAGGAGAAACCAGGACUUCAGAGACAUCUGCUCCAGAAUGCAGUUCCCUCAGGUGGACCCAACACUUCCCCCUCUGACCAUUCACAAGCAUGAUGUUGUUUUAUGGCUUGGAGAUCUAAACUACAGAUUAAAGGAGGUUGAUGUGGAGAGAGUUAAGACGCUAAUUGAAUUGAAGGACUUCAAAACACUUUACCAGUUUGAUCAGCUUAAACAGCAAAUCGAGGAAAAGACAGUUUUUGAUGGUUUUUCAGAGGGCGGAGUAGAUUUUCAACCUACUUACAAGUAUGACACUGGUUCUGAUGAAUGGGAUACAAGUGAAAAAUGUCGUGCACCUGCCUGGUGUGACCGCAUUCUCUGGAAAGGCAAACAUGUAACUCAGCUAGAUUAUCGAAGUGUUAUGUCUCUAAAAACAAGUGAUCAUAAACCAGUCAGUUCUGUUUUUAACAUUGGGGUAAAAGUGGUUAAUGAAGAGCUAUAUAGAAAAACAUUUGAAGAAAUUGUCCGUUCUUUGGACAAGAUGGAAAAUGACUGUAUUCCUUCAGCUACUCUAACUCAGCGAGAGUUUCACUUCAAGGAUGUGAAGUACAUGCAGCUACAAGUCCAAACAUUCACCAUUCAUAAUGAUGGGCAGGUAGCUUGUCAGUAUGAAUUUAUAAGUAAGCUGGAUGAACCGUCAUAUAGCAAACAAUGGCUCCGAGCUAAUCCAAGUAAAGGAUUUCUUACACCAGGAUCAGAGACACAAAUAGAACUGGAGUUGUUUGUCAAUAACCAAACUGCUGCACAACUUAACUGUGGUGAGGAAAAAUUGGAAGACAUUUUAAUUCUGCACCUGGACAGAGGAAAAGACUUCUUCUUGUCUGUGAGUGGAGACUAUCUGCACAGCUCCUUUGGAUCCUCCAUCCAGAUGUUAUGCUAUAUGAGAGAGCCCAUCAGAGACAUGUCUCCUGAAACUAUCAGAGAACUGACACGUAUGCCUCUUCAAAUGAAGGAUGAUUUUGUUGGUGCAGAAAAACCUUUGGAUGUACCUAAAGAGCUUUUCAUGAUGGUUGAUCACUUACACCGGAAUGCAUCCCAGCAGGAAGAUCUGUUUCAGCAGCCUGGCUUGAGAUCUGAAUUUGAAGCUAUAAGAGACUGUUUAGAUACCGGAUUCCCAGAAUCCAUCCCUGGAAGCAACCAUUCCGUAGUUGAAGCAUUAUUGCUGUUUCUAGAAGGCCUCCCAGAGCCGGUCAUUUGCUACAGCUAUUAUCACAAGUGUCUAGGGUGUGCUGGAGAUUAUAACAGCAGUAAAGAGAUUAUUUCAAUGUUGCCACUGCAUCAUAGAAAUGUCUUCAAGUGCUUGAUUUCAUUUUUACGGGAGCUGCUAAGUAACUCAGUACAAAAUCAUCUGGAUGUCAACAUUUUAGCGAGUAUAUUUGGAAACCUAAUACUCCGACCUCCUCCUGAUCAGUCAGCACCUAGCAACUUGGACAAGAGAAAGUGUCAGGAAUUUGUUCAGCAGUUCCUCAUUGGGACAGACAGUCCUUAGUAUUGUGUCAAACAUCUUUUUUUCUGAAGCUGUGCUUUCUCAUCUAUCCAUUCUAGUUGUAAAUAUCGGUAUUUAUGGUGUCCUAUUUGCACAACUGAUUUAUGUUUUUUAUAAUGUAGAUCAUCGUUCUUGCUGAAAAAAGAAAGAGGAACUUGUUUUCCUUUGCUGACAAAUACCACUGUGCCUUAAAGGGGGUUUUCAGUCCCACAAAUGUUUCAUAUGAGCUGGGGCUAGCUUAAUAAUAAAUAAGGUUCUACUCACCUGCCUGAACACCAGCCUUUUCUGUCAUGACAAUGCCUGGUUCCAUCUGAGAAACGCAGGUAAUGCUGUCUGAGGCAGAUCACCACAGCCUGCUAUUGGUAAUUUCUUGCAUGUUGAAAGGAAAGCAGAAAGUGCUGCCUACCUGGGACCAUGCACUGUCAGGACAGCAUGGGCUGGGGACUUGGCAGGUAAAUAAAACUUCAUUUUAAAGGACAUCUGUAGUACAACAUAACUUAUCCCCUAU